UUUUUUUUUUUAUGGUUUUGUAUCUGUGGUUGGUAGCUGAUAUUUUUCGGCUGGUAAGCCAAAAUCUGAAUUUUGGGAAAUCUUUGACUAAUAUUAGCUGUUUCUAUGUAUGCUUGAUAUCUAAACCUCACAGCUAAAUUUGGGGGUCCCUUUAUCAGUCUUGAAAAAAACUCCUAAUUUUGAGAUAUUUUUGGGUGAUGAAUUAUGGGUUUAAGUUAUAUCUAAUUUUGAGAUAUUUUUGGGUGAUGAAUUAUGGGUUUAAGUUAUAGCUUAGUAGAUUCUUUGUCAACGGUUCAAAUUGGUCAAUAUAUGUGAACUUUUCGUUUUUACUCUUUUUUUUUUUUUUUUUUUUUGGGACAUAUUUUUCAGGGAGUUUUCAGAAUUUUUGUUUUUGAGUCUUUUUGAGAUAAAUUUAGCUAAGUUUUGUUGGUGGACCAUGUGGGUUUUUAGCUAAAUUUAAUGGAUGGGUUUCCUUUUUGACUGUUGAUAGAAUUUGAGUUUCAGGGUUUGGAUUGGGAGGAAGCCAUUCUUGGGUUCUUAUUUGCUCUGAGCUUUCUCAAUAUUUAGUUCAUGAUUAAAUUUGUUGUUUGAAUUUCUUCUGUUAAUAUAUCACUUCGGGAAGCUGCCCAUAAUUUUAGUUGUGUAGCCUUUAUGGUUUUAAGCUAUUGCUGUUUAUGGUUUGGGGAGGAAACGGGCGUAAGGGUUUCUAUCUAUUAAUAAAGUGUUCUUCUUUCUGGAUCUUCUUUCUACAGCAGGAGGCACAGCAAAAGAUGCAUUGUGCCCUUCAAACAGCCAGUAGUGGUACUCCGGAAAUUUCAGACAGUGGAAGCAGUUCUUUAGCCUGCAUAUUUCAAGAACAAAAUAAUCUCAGUGCUUCGUUGGAGGAUUGUGACGUGUCGUCUCUCUCAUGGAGGAACUCUGAACAUAGGUGUUCUGUUAUAACUUUUCUUUCUGUUCAACCUGAUGGAAAUUGGAGAGUUGUUGCACUACCAUUCAAACAUCCAGAUCAAUCAGACCACUUAAGAUCUGGUGCUCAGGUCAAUAUGGAAACUUUUCAACUGGUUUACCCGCCACCAAUUAAUUCAUUCAAGGCUAAUCGAAGAAAACUGACAAAAGGGCCUGUGCAUGGUGGCAAUUACUGUGUCUCAUCAUUUACAAACAGAAGAAUUCCCAGUUCAACUGUGCGGCAUCAACCGCGGAAUAAGGCUUCGGUGAAUAAAACUACCAAGUGGAAUGAACUUCCGCCAAAAGAUUGUGAAAAGUCAUUAUCCUGUUGUGAAUCUUCCUGCAUGAUCCCAAAUGGCUCCAAUACUAUUAAUUCAACAGAAAUGUUUACUAAUAGUCCAAAAGUAAAUAAUGUUGUAAAGAAGAAUUCAAAAAAGAAAGCAAGGAAAAAGGGAAAAUCAGGCAAGAAAUAUUCAUGUGACACUGUCAUAGAACAGGAGGUGUCUGAGGAAUAUGUCCAUGGAAGUUUCAAUAAUGUGGAUCAUGGAGAUGGAAAAUUGUCGUCUUCAACUGCACUUGAAGUAGAGUCUCCAAAGACUUCCACAUGCUCCAGUGAUGAGGUCGAUGUUCCUGGAGUAACUGUACCUUAUGUCAUUCAAAAGUCAACGGAGAAACAUCCUGUAAGUAACUUAGACUCUACAAUUUCUAUUUGUGGUGGAGUUGAGGAUAUGUAUGGGAAAAGUUAUUGCAACAUGCAUGACUCUUUUUUGCUGGAAACAAUUUCCAUUGGUUCAAAUGGUGAUAAUUUUACUAACUUUGGUCUUGAUUCAAAACAAUCUGAAAAGGAAAGUUGCAGAACUGAUCAUUCUGAGCGAGAAUGUUAUGAUGUUUCGGAUACCUUUGAUCAGACUGAGAGAGCGAUUCCUAGUAGGCAAGGUUGCAGCAUUAACGACAUGCAGGUGGUCACACCUGGUAAGAUAACUAAACAAAAUAAAAUUGUUCCCAGGAUCUCAAAUGUCUCCAAAGCUGUAAGUGUUGGAAAUUGCCAUGGCCGUUCGGGGAAGGAAAACAAUCAUUCUGUCUGGCAAAAGGUACAGAGAGGUGAUGCCAAUGGCAACACUGGUGAGUUGAAGAAAGUUCCUAUUUGUUCUCAGUCUGAUAUCACCGCGAAGGAGGCACCUGAACUUAAGAGAACAUGUAACACUGUUGAAGAUAAAAAACAGUCAAAAGAUAAGGUUUCUCAGAAGUUCAAAAGAAAAAGUGGCCUGGCUUCAAAACAAGAAUACAACUGUUAUUCCAGGAAGGGUGCUCAUGCCAAUGUGGCCAACUCAGAUGGUGUUGCAAAGUUUAAUACGCCACAGAACGAAAUACCAGAUGUCUCUUCUCAGGUGAAUGAUGAAAAUGUAAUGAAUACUGUUCCAGGGUCACUUUCUCAGACUAAUUUUCCGAGGUCUGGUUUCCAGAGUGGUAGAGUGGAAGAUUUGACAACUGAAUCAGUUCCCAGCAUUCAUGUCCAUCCAAAUGAGAUGGAUCCUCUUGAAAGUGCCUGUAAUUGUAGCACGAGUAGUCAAAAGGUAGAAAGGGAUAGCUCAUCACCAGCGGCAUCUGACAUCUUCCAACAAUCAGAUUUGGUUCAAGCGCAGACUCCAGUGUUCCUUCCUCAUCUUUUCUUUAACGGUUCAGUUCGACAAGGUCAGAGAGAAAUCUCUCCAGCAGAAUGUGGCAAGCAAAGCCACAGUUCUGGAUCUACAUUGCAGAAAUGGAUACCAAUAGGAUCAAAGGAUACUGGGUUGACAAGCUCUGAUGAGAGUUCGUUGUUGGAACAUUCUGGUGAGUCAGUUGCUGAGAGUUGGAGUAAUAAAACUUCUAGUGAGACAGAAGUGCUUUGUGAUUCUCUUGAUUUUGCAGUAGAUGUAAGCUGCAUGCAUCCGAAUGUUGGACAUGUUACUUGUUCCUUGCAUGAAAACGAAUGCUUGCUUCCAAAAUUGGACUUUCAAGAUCCAAAUGUGAUAAAAGAGCAGAAUAGCAAACAAGAUACAUGUCAUCACUUGAAUAUUGAAAACAAAUAUUUGAGUCAGUUUGAAUCUGAUUCAAAGAGAAUAGCUCAGGCAGUGAAUGAUACUUGUAGGUUAGAACUCGCAUCUGAAACUGUUCAAAUGGCCAACGGUGGCCCAAUUGCAGAAAUUGAAAGAAUUCUCCAUCGUACGUCUCCUGUUAUUUGUAGCCCUCGCAGAUUAAUAAGUUGUCAUUCUUGCUUGGAGGACCAUAUCUGUGGUGUGUCAUUGUGCAGACAUGAGACACCUAACAUUUCUUUAAGAGAAGUGUGGCAGUGGUAUGAGAAGCUUGGUAACUAUGGGAUGGAAAUAAAGAUGGAGGAUCAUGUUAAUUCAAAGAGAUUUGGUGCUAGUCGCUCCUUAUAUUGUUCUUACUUUGUCCCUUUUCUGUCAGCAGUUCAGCUUUUCAGGAACCGUAAGAAUCAUAUUGUAGAUACUAGUAACAAGGUUUAUCCUUCUGAGAUGUUAGGUGAGAAAUCUGACAAAUCACCUACUGCUGGCUGCCUUCCUAUAUUUUCGUUACUUUUACCUCAACCUUGUAAGGUGGAAAGCACUCCACCUCUCAUAGAUGAAGUGUGUAAUUCAGGCCUUUCUUCAGCUUCUACAGAAUUUGAACCUAUUGGAACAACAAGCAUUGGCGAUGUAGAACUGAUUUUUGAAUAUUUUGAAUCUGAACAACCUCAGCUAAGACGACCUUUAUUUGAGAAGAUAAAGGAACUGGUAAGAGGUGAAGGACCCUCAGACUCUAAUGUCUAUGGAGAUCCAAUUAAUCUAGACUACACGAAACUAAAUGAUCUGCACCCUAGAUCCUGGUAUGCAGUGGCAUGGUAUCCUAUUUAUAGGAUACCGGAGGGUAACUUGCGUGCAGCAUUUUUGACGUACCAUUCAUUUGGUCAUUUGGUUCGUAGAACUGCCACUGAUGAUGCCCAAAGUUCUCAGAGUGUAGUAGCUCCAGUUGUGGGGUUACAAAGUUACAAUACUCAGGGUGAAUGCUGGUUCCAGCCGCGUGAAUCAGCAAGGAACCAGACAACAGAGGCACCGGACCUAAACCCAACUGAAGUGUUGAAGCAGCGGUUGCAGAAGCUUGAGGAGACGGCAUGUCUUAUGGCAAGAGCUGUUGUCAAGAAAGGAAAUGCGGAAUCUCCAACCAGGCAUUCAGAUUUUGAGUUCUUCCUCUCUAGGCGUCGUUAGUGGCUUCUUUCUGGUUGGUUGGCGAUCUAACAACUUCAGGUUGCUUAUGGUUCAGAUAGGACUAACCUCCGUAGGAUGCAAUUGCAAGACAAGAGUGACGCACCACUCUUGCUUUCCUCCUCCUAUAUGUUUCCUUUCUUCUCUCGUUCAUGGUGGAGUUUUCUUUGCAUGUAUAUAGACUUUAGUUUCCUGUUUUUCUUUCUUCCUAAAAGACAUGCUCAUUACCAAAACGAAAAAAAAAAAAAAAAACAAAAGAAAACGAAAAAAAAAAAAAAGAAAAGAAAAAAAAAAGAAAGUGUACUUUAUGGAGUUUGGAAACAGUUGCUGUUUGCCCAUUCCCUAAUGAUGUAAAUAUGUUUCAUUUAGUCCUUGCAUUUUAAAUUUUUUUUUUUUUUUGUUUGGGUGAAUUUUGAAGUUCUGGCUGGGAAAUGGGAAUGUAUAUGUACAUGUUUUGAUUAUUUUCUUUGAUUUCAUGUUUUGGUUA